AUGGCAGAGGCUCUGGAGACCUUCUUCGUCUUCGUAGGGCUGCUGGUGUGCCUGGUCUGCCUGGGAAAGUGGGUGAGAUUCUCCAGAUGUGUUUUCCUGCACUUCUGGAAAGGUGUGCCAAGAUCUUUUUUGAAGUCAAUGGGACAGUGGGCAGUGAUCACUGGAGCAGGGGAUGGCAUUGGGAAAGCUUAUUCAUUUGAGCUAGCAAGACAAGGACUCAACGUUGUGCUGAUCAGCAGGACACUGGAAAAACUACAGGCUAUUGCCAUGGAGAUUGAGUGGACUACAGGGAGAAGUGUGAGAAUUAUACAAGCAGAUUUUACCAAGGAUGACAUCUAUGAAUAUAUUAAAGAAAAACUUAAAGGCUUAGAAAUUGGAAUUUUAGUCAACAAUGUUGGAAUGCUUCCAAGCCUUCUCCCGACAAAUUUCCUUCAUACACCAGGUGAAAUCCAGAGCCUCAUCCAUUGUAACAUCACCUCAGUGGUAAAGAUGACACAGCUAGUUCUGAAACACAUGGAAUCAAGGCAGAAAGGGCUCAUCUUGAACAUUUCUUCUGGGAUGGCCCUCUUUCCCUGGCCUCUAUACUCCACGUAUGCAGCUUCAAAGGCUUUUGUGUGCACCUUUUCGAAGGCACUUCAAGCGGAAUACAAAGCAAAAGGAAUCAUCAUCCAGGUGCUGACCCCAUAUUCUGUUUCAACCCCAAUGACAAAGUGUCUCAAUACCAGCCUCAUAACCAAGACUGCUGAUGAGUUUGUUAAAGAAUCACUAAAUUAUGUCAUGAUUGGAGAUCAAACCUGCGGCUGCCUCGUCCAUGAAAUCUUGGCAAGCUUUCUGACCCUGAUUCCAUCGUGGGCCAUCUACAGCAGCAUGUUCAAGAAGCUACUCCUGAUUCACUACACCAACUACCUUAAGCGGAACACCAACAUCAGUAGUGCAGGUGGAGGGAUGGGCCAUCCAGCAUCAUUUUCUUCACCAAGUUCUUCAUUGGCUACCAAAGACCAAGAAGCAGACCAUCACCCAUCACCCCUUGAAGCUGGAGGGCCAUGCCAUAGAUACAGUACUUAG